GUCACGUCAUCAUGCCUCCUCCACAAGGAACACCAAAUAUGCUUGAAGGGCCAGGUGAUUAUACUGUCACAUCCGAGGUCCACAACGACACCUACCCCGCCAUCUCAUCGAUUUCCAAUCCUUCACCUCUCAACAAAAGCGUUUUCGUAGUUGGAGCGUCCAGAGGCAUCGGUCUCGCCAUCGCAACCUCCUUCGCACAAGCUGGAGCCUCCCACAUCGCACUCGGCGCCCGCUCAUCUCUAGAAUCGCUCAAAAAUGCGCUCCUCGCAGCUGCCGCAAAAGCCAAGCGACUGGAACCCAAGAUUCUGUGCGUCAAGUUGGACAUCACUUCCCAGCAAAGCACUGAAGAAGCAGCGAAACUGGUUGAAAAAGAGUUUGGCAAACUCGAUAUUUUGAUUAACAAUGCUGGGGUCAUUGGAGGAAUGAAUUUGAUUGCGGAUACCGAUCCAGAGGUCUGGUGGCACACGUGGAAUGUCAACGUUAGGGGCCCGUACCUCGUAACGAGAGCCUUCCUUCCACUUAUGUUGAAGGGCGGCGAUAAAACGAUUAUUUCGACGAGUAGUGUGGGUGCACAUUUGACUUCUCGGACGUUGAGUGACUAUCAACCUAGUAAAUUGGCUGUCUUGAGAUUUACGCAGUUUGUGAGUGAGGAGUAUAAGGACAAGGGGGUCUUGGCUUUCUGCAUUCAUCCUGGGAAUAUUCCUACAGAUAUGAUGGGCGGGCCGGAGGGAGUUCCUGAUCGUUUGAAACCAGUUUUCACCGAGACAGCAGAGCUGAGUGCAGACACCAUCGUAUAUCUUGUAGGAGAGAAGAGGGAUUGGCUUGCUGGACGAUAUAUCAAUUGUACGUGGGACAUGCCUGAGUUGAUGGCACAGAAGGAUGGAAUUGUCAAGGGAGAUAAAUUGAAAGUAAGGCUGGUAAUAUGAUUGAUGGCAUAUGCGUGCUCGAUUGGUUUCAUAUGCUGGUUGUGCCGGUCCAAAGGCUUGCUCACAAUACCACCAUUAAAAGUUGAUCUCAAACUCGAAUAUUUUUCUAGCCUCAGAAUAAAG